GUGCUUCAUUCCAAAUGCCUACGCUGCUCUCUUCACCGCUGCUCUGGUGCCACUGAUGUGUUUGGUAGUGGUUUUUGUGGUGUUCAUCCACGCCUACCAGGUGACCCCACAAUGGAAAGCGUACGAUGAUAUUUUCAGAGGAAGGACAAAUGCUGCAGAGAUCCCCUUGGUCUUGUACCUCUUUGCCCUGAUUUCUGUGACCUGGUUGUGGGGAGGACUACACAUGGCUUACCGGCACCUCUGGAUGUUAGUUUUCUUCAUCAUCUUCAACAGCCUGCAGGGUCUUUAUGUCUUUGUGGUGUAUUUUAUCCUGCACAACCAACUUUGCUGUCCAGUGAAAGCAAGUUAUACUGUAGACAUGAAUGGGCAUACAACUCCAGGAUCAGCUUUUUUCACACAUGGCAGUGGUCUUCCAGCUGCGGGUGGAGAGAUCAGCAAGUCCACUCAGAACCUCAUCAGUGCUAUGGAAGAGGUGCCUGCAGACUGGGAGAGGGCAUCCUUGCAGCCUGCUAGUCAAGCUAGUGCUGCCUUUAAGCAAAGUCCACAAAAUGGCAAUGUUUUCCACCCUUCCGGAGGAUUUAGUACCGGCUCAUUGGUAGCUGAUGAGGAAUCACAGGAGUUUGAUGACCUAAUAUUUGCUUUAAAGACUG